AUGGUCAACGGCAACGUCUCCCACUUGGUUGCAACCCUCAAGGGUGAGUUAUCCCCUGGUGCCUGCGUCCGCGCACAUGGAUUCACCUCAUGUUGGAAAGGUGACAUCGUCCAAAUCGGAUCUGCCUCCUCUGCAACCGCCCAAGAGACUUUUGACACGCAGAAAAUGUCCCUACAUUUCGCCAUCGACAACCAGUCCAGAUCUUCCUACAUGCCGACAUGCCUACAUACUCGUCUCACUCGAUGA